AACCGCAUUUGUAGUGGAUUACGCGCGCGAUCACAGUGAAACGCACGUGCACACGUUUUUUCUUUUUUUUUUUUAUCUCUUUUGCACUACUCGAGGAAAACGGCCUUGAAAAAGUACAGCCGACGAGGCAAGUGAGAAAGAGACGUAUCCUGAGUAUAUAGCGAAUGUCGCUUAUAUAAUCGCGGUGGAGGCAGUGGAGGAGACGAGGAAAAGCCAAGAGAGAAGCACGACGUGUGAGUGUCAGCUAUUGCGAGCGAGCGAGCGAAGUGAGAGAGAUAUAUAUUGGGAGCGAGUGUGAGAGCGAACGAGAGAGAGCGAGAGAGAGAGAAAGAGAGAGAGAGAGAGAGAGAGAGAGAGAGAGAGAGAGAGAGAGAACGCAAGAAAGUGGAGAUUUCGAGAAAAAUCUCGCGGCAAAUCUUUUCUCGGCGUCUUUGCGCUUUCGAGAGCUAAAAAAAAAUUUUGUGCGUGAUAUAUUCCGGAAAAGGAAAGAGAGAAAGAAAGAGGAAAAAGAAAGAAGGAAGGAAAGAAAUUACUUGCUGGUGCAAGCGAGAGAGAGUGCGUGUCGAGUAUCCAAAAACGGACGCGCGGGCUCGAACGGGUCCAGAAAAUGGACUCGCCUGUCAUCGUGGACGCAGCAUCCAAAUUGGGACGAGAGAUCGAUCUGGACCGCUGCUCGUUCCCCGGGUUCCCAUUCGACGACCACGCCGACGUUUUCGAGCGUCCGCGCAGCGACGGCAUCCGCGCGCACCUGGACGACCUUGCGGCGCGCCACCCCGAGUUCGCUGAGCACCUGCGCGGUCCGCCUUGGCCGUUCAGCGGUUCCCUGCUGCGUGACCGUCGCCGCCGACGCCGCGGUUCCGGUGGUAGUAACAACGACGACCAGCAGCAACAAGGUCAACAGCAUCAGGACGAGGACGCGCGUAGUCAAGCAAGUGGUAGCAGUGCCGCGAGUGGUGCGAGUGCCGUCAGCUCGCACAGCGGCGGCGGUGGCGAGCACGAUUCGACGUCAUCGUCCGCGAUACCGCAGUACGGUCUACGUAAUACAGUGGACAUAGGCCAGCAACAGCGACGCCGCGAUAUGGAGACAAGUCCGGAGAAGGAUGAGCGCGGUCAGCGCUCGAUGUCAGCACCACCGACGGAAAGCUGGCAACAGCAACAGUCGCAACAGCCAGGUCAAGAACAACAACUACCACCGCAACCUGGUCAAGGUCAGAAAUUCGUGUCCCGAGUAGAUAUCACACCGCAGCACAAUCAGCAACGUGCGCAGUCGCCUAGUAAACCAGCUAGCAAUGUCCGACAUAUCCCCAUCUUCGUGGAGGGUCGCGACGUGCCGGUGAUGCCAAAGGUCGCGACAGACGACGCGCCGCCGUCCACCUUUCAACAGCGACAAUCGUCACCGCCGUCUCACCAUUUCGACAGAUCGUCACCGCCAGCGCAUCAUUUUCACAGACCCUCGCACUUUAACGAACGCUUCAGUCGACAGCAGUGGCCACCGUCGCAUUUCCAGGAUGCGUUUUAUAAGCCGUCAAGUUUUGAACAGCCAAUGCGGCGGCAAUUUCAGUCACAACAUCAGCAACCGCAAUACUAUUAUCAACAACCUCAACAUCAGCAACAACCUCAGUAUCACCACCCGCAACAGCCUCAACAGCAGCAACAGCAGCAGCAACCUCAGCAUUAUUAUGAGCAACAGCAGACUCAGCAAUCUCAACCUCAACCUCAUCAGGAACAACAACAGCAACAACAAGAAACUUCAAAACCAAAGCCUCCGGUGCCAAAGGAUCCUCUGGAGAGAGUCGCCCAGGUACAAAAAGAUGUGGAUGAUCUGGCCGAGCAGGUGCAACGUUACGUUGGUGAUUCUCGGCAGGACAAGGAGUAUAUGUACUUGGACGAGAUGUUGACGCGUGAAUUAAUCAAGCUGGAUGAUAUAGAGACGGAAGGUCGGGAGAACGUGCGGCAGGCACGUAAGAACGCCAUUAAGAGCAUUCAGGAUACCAUUAGCUUGCUGGAAACAAAAACACCAAUUGUCAAUCAACAGGAGCAACAACCCACCGUGCAUAAAAUGGCUCAGGAGUAUUCUGAGAAAGAUCAGCAGGGAAAAGAAAUCUCACACAUUUCUGAGCCGAUGGAGGUAGACACGAAGCAAGAGAAGCUUAGUAACGAGCCGAUACCGCUUCCACCGGUGCCGUCGUCGCCAACGAAGACGAAAGUAGAAUCCUCAGAAAGUGAAAGUGCGGCAACAGCUGUCGAAUCAGCAAAUCAAAACAUUAUUCCUACCGGACAGCAGAUUACCGAACAGAAAACAGAGAAUCCAGUUAUGCCUGUCGCAGAACAGCCUGUCGCAUUGACAGACGAAUCAACAAAAUGCGCGGUCGAAACAAGCAAGGAGUCCAAACCAAGUGAUGGAAAAGAUGAAAAACAACAAAAAGACGCGUUACAAACAAUAGAAAAUAAACACGAGACAUUAAAGCAGCAGACGAAGGAAAUGAUAGAGGGAAAAACGGAAAUGAAUGACGGCCAGCGGAGUUCAACAGAAUCGCCGAGACUGCAAAAGAAGGCAAAGAAGACCAAAAAGAAGGAGCAGCAACAGCAACCGGUAUCCGAGCAAGCAAUCCCGCUGCCACCACCACCAACGGAGAGCGCGAAGUAAAAACAGAACGUUGAGGAAGUGUCGUAUAGUCGAACGUGAAUCCUAACGUGGACACGACUCGACCAGAGUUGGCGGAUGAGUGUGUGUGUGUGUGUGUGUGUGUGUGUGUGUGUGUGUGUGUGUGUGUGAGAGAGAGAGAGAGAGAGAGAGAGAGAGAGAGAGAGAGAGAGUUUCGUGGGUCAUAAAGGAACGAGGAUCGACUAAAAAUGAAGUUCCUUGAAUCACAAUGGAACGCCGAGUGAUGGAAAGGAUAAAAAUGAAGAAGUUUUGAAGGACAUCGAAUUGUCGUAGAAAUCGCGAAAUGGUUUGAUUUGUAUUAAGACGCUGAAGACUGCUGUCUUUUCUUACUUUUUCUGAGUUUCCGAAUUAGAAUCAAGCUAAUCGCGUUUGAGCAACGAAUCCUUCAGUCACUCGUCAUUGCCUUAGGACGAAGCCUUCCUUUUUUAUAGAAUAAUCACGAGCGAACCGAAACGGUACCACCCAUAAGUUCGUUGACUUUCUCGGCCUUCGAUUUGAAGCUCUUAAGCACAUCCGCGUAUUCCAUUAUAUUUUUUCAAAGAAAGAAUCUUUUCUAAGAAAGAAUCUUUGUAGGAAUACGCGCAGCGGACGAAUUUUUCUCUCUGUCGAUAAUAUAUAAUCCUCAUCCGUCGAUAAUAUAUAAUCCUUUCUUCUAAUUUAUUUAUAAUUUGCGAGCUCGUGGAUGAUUGUGAGAUAAAUAGAAACUGCAUCUGACUUGUGUGAAAUGGAUUCGAAAUCGCGGGGAUAAGAUUCAAGUCUCGUUACGAGUCCGGGCGCGUAACUUCAAAGACAUCCUAUAAAAGGCCAGAUGUAGUUUCGUUAUAUAUUCACUUGUCGAGCAGACCAAUUUGCCACGUAAAUCGUGCCGCAGAAAUUAUUCAUCAAGCAAAUUACUGAUUAUACGUAAAGAAAAUACGUAAUUUUUUUUAGUUGUGAUCGCAGAAAAAGAUUAUAUUUGUAUUUUAUAAAAUAAUAUACGAAUAUAAAAAUCUUUUGUAAAGUUUGCACGAUUUGUUGAUUGGAUUCGAGUCAAAAUUUCGGUUUUUUUAAAUUUUGGCUCUUUACGACACAAUACAGGAAAAUUGAUCUGUUUGGAAGGUUUAUAACGACGUUAUACUCGGUACAGCAUCACGUAGAGCGUGCACGUGACGGCAGUGAUGACGAGUUAACAUUGAUUUCUAAUUUAUUGUAUGCCUGCCCGAGAGAUGAUUUCGUGUUCGCAAGUAUGUUUGUUGUUGACGCUAAUAAUUUUCUGCGUAUCGCGCGCACAUCUGCCGACAGAAAGUGGCACGGAUGUGUGUAAGAAGCAUGUGCACAUACAAACUUUAGAAUCAUGAAUAUUCGUCGAGAAUACCGAUGCCGUCCCUCGUUUCUUCCUACCUUCCUAGAUUUAUCAUUGGGAUGUGUUCCGCGACGUAAAUUAAUUUAUGCGUGUAUAAUUUAGUGCAAAUUAGAAUCCUCUUUUAACAGACAUUUAAAAGUUGCCAAAGUACAGAUUUUGCCUCAUAAGUGAAUGUUGUAUAUACAGAUUACGCGAUUUAUUUUCUAAAAACCAGCCAAAUAUUUUUUGUACGUAACUCUGGUUAAAACAUAUUUUUUGUAAAAUUUCUGCAUUCAGGAGGAUUCCGUAUAAUAUAAGAUAGAUUAUAAAAUCAAAAUUGGAAUCUGUCUCUAAACUAAAAAUACAGAUAUUUAAACAAAAAAUUUUAAAAAA